GGAAUUCCCCCCGUUCCGCCAGAUCCCAGUCCAUAUCCAGUAACGUGUCAGGAACAAGCCACCGCGCUUCUUCCUACCAACAAACAUCUCACACGGUGUAUCACGGACACGACAACUCUUACAACGUCUCGAGCGUUCUGUACAACAGCAUGCCUUCCCCAGCAGCAGGAAAGGGUGACGCCCCCCGCACCCCUACCAAGCUCGGCAGGAAGCCACAAUCAUCAUCUGCCCCUAAGCUGAACAAGCCUCAGCAAGGCAAGUCGGAGGACGCCCCCACCCCCGAUCUGCCCAAGCAAGCAGAGGACCUGAAGCAGCAAGGACAGGAGACGGCCGAGGACGCCAAGGACCAAUCUGAGAACACGUUUGAAGAGAUUACGCAAAAGGGAGAGAAGACUGCCAAAGACACAAAGGGCAAGGCCGCAGCGACUGCAGAAGACGCUACCGGCAAGGUUUCCCAAGCUGGCGACGAGCUCGAGCAAGCUGAACCCAAGCCAAUUGAUGACGAUGACGAUGAUGAAGAUGAAGACGACGACGACGAAGCCGACGAGACUGGCGACGAUGCCACCCAAAAGGCAGGAGACAACGCCGAAGACACUGCCGAUAACACCGAAGACGAUGCCACCGACACUGCCAGCAAGGCUGCUGACACCGGAAAGCAGGCUGGACAGGGCGCGUUGAGCGGUGCUCGCGGCCUUGCUGGUCGCGCAUCCAACCUUGCGGGCAAGGCCAAGCAAGAUCCCCAAGCAGCUGCUCAGGAUGUCGGUGACGAUGUGCAAGAGAGCACCCGCAAUGCACAGAGCACCGCAGGCGAUGCCACUGAGUCGGCAAAAGACACUGCUCAAUCCAAGGCAGGCGACCUUCAGAGCAAGGCAGGCGAUGCCCAGAGCAAGGCGCAGGACACUGUUGAUGAGGCUACCCCUGAUCUCAGCGUCCUCAAGGGUCUCGAAGUGGAUGAGGAGGGCAUGAUCCGGAACCAGGACGGCCAGAUUAUUGGACGUCUGGUUGAAGGUGAUGCCGAGGACCUCGCUGGCUACCCCAUUGGCGACAACGGAGAAAUCCUUGACGACGAUGGUGAUCUCGUUGGACGCUGCGAACUCACUCCAGAAAUGGCAAACCAGCAAUUCGAGGGUGCUACCGGCAACAUGCCUAGCAUUAGCAUCCUCAAGGGUCUGACUGCCGACCGAUCCGGCCAGAUCCUCAACGAAGACGGCGACUUUGUUGGUCACCUCGUCGAAGGCGAUCCUGCCAAGAUCCAGGGCAGAGAGUUCAACGAGAACGGCGAGAUCCUUGAUGACAACGGCAACGUAAUCGCCAGGGCUGAGCUUUCUCCCGAGGCCGCCGAUCUCCCUGCGUACCAGCAGGAUGACGAGGAUGAGGAUGAAGAGGAUGAAGACAGUGAUGCCCUCGCCGGCGCGACCGACACCGCUCAGCAGGCUAGUCAACAGGCCGGUCAGCAAGCCAAGAGGAGUGCCUCCACUGCCCGAAGCGUCAAGAGUGGCGUUGAGGAAAAGGCCGCUGACGUUGAAGAAGAACUCCCUGGUGUCGAAGCCCUCGAGGGCAUGGAGAUCAACAGCGCUGGCGAGAUCCUCAACGACGAAGGCGAUGUUGUUGGCAACGUUGCUGACGGAGACCUGGAGAACAUUGAGAACGUCAAGGGCCUCACCGUCAACGACAAGGGUGAUGUUGUCGACAAGGACGGCAAUGUUCUCGGCACGGUUGAGCUCGCCGAGGGCGCGGCUGACAAACUCAGGGAGUCUGCCGCCGGCGCUCUCGACACUAGAAUCUUGGACGGUCUCAAAGUCAACAAGAAGGGCAAGGUCCUUGACUCUGAUGGUGAGGAGAUUGGUGAGCUCGUCGAAGGCAAGCUCGACAACUGCGCCGGCAAAAAGGUCAACGAAAAGGGCGAAGUCCUCGACAAGAAUGGCAAGGUCAUUGGCAGGGUCGACGUCGUUCCUGGCGAGGCUGCUUUCACUGCUAUCAAGGAGCUCAAGCAGGAGCUUGGCGAGCCCCUAGAGGACGAGGAAGAUGAGGAGCAGGAAGAGGAACCUGAGAUGAAGGAGAUUACUCCCGAAAUUGAUGAACUUGAAGGCUUCAAGGUCAACAAGAAGGGCAAGGUUCUCGACGAGGAUGGCGAGGAGAUUGGUCAGCUUGUUGAGGGCGACCCUGCCAAGUGCGCCGGCAAGAAGAUCAAUGCCAAGGGCGAAGUGGUCGACAAGGACGGAAAGGUCCUUGGCAAAGUCAAGGCUCUGCCCAAGAUGGUUGAAGCUUCCCAGGUCCAGGAGCCAGAAGUCAAGCAGGUUGAGAUUACACCAGAAGUCAAUGAGCUUGAAGGCCUCAAGGUCAACAAGAAGGGCCAAGUCCUUGACGAGGAUGGCGAGCCCAUCGGCGAGCUCACCGAGGGCGAUGCCGCCAAGUGCGCCGGCAAGAAGAUCAACGCCAAGGGCGAAGUGCUUGACAAUGAUGGAAACGUCAUCGGCAAGGUCAAGACGCUCCCCAAGAUGGUUGAGCAAGUCGUUGGUCAGGAAGAGGAAGAGGAAGAGGAAGGUGCCGAAGAGUACGAAGAAGACGAUGGCCGCCCUCCUCUAUCCAUUCUUGAUGGCCUCAAGGUUAACAAGGCUGGCAAGCUCAUUGACAGCAAGGGUAAUGUUGUCGGUGAGCUGAUCGAGGGUGACGCCAAGAAGCUUUCCAAGCUGGGCCUCACUGCCGAUGACCAGGGCCAGUUCUGGGACAACAAGGGCAAGGUCAUUGGCCGCGCCCAGACUAUUCCCCAGGAGGAGGGUGAAGAAGAAUCACCCUUUGCUGGUCUUGAAGGCCUCGUUGUUGUCAAGGAUGGCUUUGUCGAAGACGACAAGGGUAACCGCGUCGGCCAGGUCGUCGAGGGUGACCCCAAGAAGCUUGUUGGUCGCGCUGUCGACGAAGACGGUGACAUUCUUGACAAGAAGGGCUCCGUUGUUGGCCACGCUGAGCGCUACGAGGAUCCUGAAGAGGAGGCGCCGCCCGAGGAGGAGCCCACUGACCUGUCUAUGCUUGCGGGCCGCACCGUCAACAAGCAAGGCAACGUCAUCGGCGACGAUGGCGUGCCCAUUGGUCGUCUCGUCGAAGGCAACGCCAAGGAGAUUGCUGGUCGCAAGAUCAACGAGGAGGGUCUCAUCUUCAACGACACUGGCAAGCAGAUUGGCCGUUGCGAGCUCAUCCCCGUGGAAGAGCGUGAAUCCAAGCCUGAAGGCAUCUUCGCUGGCCUUGAGGGUCUCCGCGUCAUCCAGGACGGCAUGGUUGCUGACGAGGAUGGCAAUACCGUUGGCCGGAUUGUCGAAGGCAACCCUAAGCGUCUUGUUGGCAUGGCGGUAGACGAAGAUGGUGACAUCCUCGACAAGUAUGGCAAUGUCAAGGGACACGCUGAACCUCUCGAGGACGAGGAAGAGGAAGAGCCUGCCGACCUUUCCAUCCUCGAUGGCCUUACUCUCAACAAGCAAGGCUACCUUGUCAGUGGCGAGGGCAUUCCUGUCGGAAAGCUCGUCGAAGGUAAUCUUGGUGAACUCGCCGGACGCAAGUCAGAUGGCGAAGGUCUUAUUCAUGGCGACACUGGCAAGGUUGUCGGUCGCUGCGAGCUUAUUCCUCCAAACGAGCGCCCUGAGCGAAAGGAGGGUCCAUUCGCCGGCUUCGAGGGCCUCCGCGUGGUCAAGGACGGUUUCGUCGAAGACAACGAUGGCAACCGUGUUGGCCAGCUCACUGAGGGCGACCCCAAGAAGCUUGUCGGACACACUGUCGAUGAAGACGGUGAUAUCAUCGACAAGUACGGCAACGUCAAGGGCCAUGCUGAGCCAUGGGAGGAGGAAGAGCAAGAGGAAGUCGAUCUCAGCGCGCUUGCUGGCUGCACUGUCAACAAGGCCGGUAACGUUGUCGACUCAAGCGGCACCGUCAUUGGCCGUGUCGCUGAGGGAGACCCAGCUACUUUGGCCGGCAAGAAGGUUGACGGCAAGGGCCAGAUUUGGGACAACGAAGGCAACAUUAUUGGACGAGCUGAGCUUGUCCACGGUGUCAAGUCAGGACCCGAGGGACCGUUUGCUGGUUUCGACUCUGCUGUCGUUGCCAAGGAUGGCACUGUCCAGACUCCUUCUGGCGAAAUCAUUGGUCGCGUCAUUGAAGGCGACAUCAAGAAGCUUGAAGGCCACAAGGUGGACGAGGAUGGCGACAUCAACGACAAGAAUGGUAACGUCAUCGGUAAGGCCGAGCGCUGGGAGCCCGAAGAGAAGGAGCGUCGCAUCAACCCCAUGGCUGGCAUGCGUGUCAACAAGGAGGGCGAAGUCCGCGACGAGAACGGUGACGUUAUUGGUCGUCUCACUGCUGGUGACCUUGGUCACUGCGCUGGUCUCGAGAUCGACGACAAUGGUUACGUUAUCGACAAUGACGGUAACAAGGUCGGAGAAGUCACUCUUCUGGAGAACAUUGCCGAAGACGAAGAGGAAGAGACCGACGAGGAGAAGCAGCGCCGUGAAGACUCGGAGCUGGCCAAGAAGAUGUCCGCUAUCUGCGAAGACACUCUUCAGCGUAUCCAGCCCGUCAUGAAACAAAUUACUGAGUACAUUGAACAAGCCGACCGUACGCCGCGUGACGAGCUCGAUGAAGAAGAGCUUGUCAACAAUGUCAAGCCCCUUAUUGAGGAAGGCUCUCGUAUUCUCAAUGACUGCAAUGGCGCGCUCCGUGGCCUGGAUCCUGAUGGUCGUAUUGCCGCCCAGGCCAAGGGCCGUCAGCAAACCGGCGAAGCCACACCCGAAGAAUACAAGCUGGCCGACAACCUCAAGGAGCUUACUACGACUGUCGUUACCACCAUCGACAACGCUAAGAAGAAGAUCUCCGACAUGCCCCACGCUAAGAAGAAGCUUAACCCUCUUUGGGCUCUCCUUACCGAGCCCCUCUUCCAGAUCAUCGCCGCUGUUGGUCUGCUGCUGACUGGCGUGCUCAACCUUGUGGGCAGGCUGCUCAACGGCCUCGGCCUGGGUGGUCUUGUCAACGGUCUGCUGGGCGGCUUGGGUAUUAAGAAGCUGCUUGGCGGACUGGGCCUCGGUAGUAUCACCGACGUACUUGGUGGCGGUAAUGACAAGAAGAAGAAGAAGGGCUCUAGCGGGCCUAUGAGCAUGGUUGGCGGUCUCCUCGGCAAGAAAUAAUCGUCUGCGCCGCGGGGGGUGUCUGACACGAGAGUAGGACGUUUUCUAUUUUGUCAUGCGUUGAUCUUCAAAUUGUCGUCUUUGAUACCGUGCGCCGCCGAAUGGGGAGAUGUGCUCGGCUUCAUUUCAGCUCGUAAUGUCUCUUUCGUAUUUCGUUCUCGCUCUUUCUGAGCGUUUUUCCUUUUCGACUUUGUAUCGGUGCCAACGUGCACACAAGAGCUGGAAGAUCGGGGGGUCUGAAGGUCACACUUUUGUCCGCUGGAGGCAGCGAUGAAAAGAAGAAAAGGAGCACCAAAGGAAGAAGAGAUGGAUUACGGUUGGAGCAAGGGCAGCUUUGACGUCUUGCCUCUUUCCAGUCGCGGUCUGAUGAUGGCAUGAGCUUUUCUUCUUAACAUCAGCGUUCCGUUUUGAGUUUUGAGUUUUUCUUACUGGCAUGUCCGAUGGACGCAUCGGGUCAUCCAACUACCA